CUGCCUCUCACUCCGGCUUUUUCUUCUCUCCUGUCAUGGAGCUGUUUGGUAACCGGCGGCGCUAGGAGUGCUGUUUUUGUCUUUACUUUCUCGCUCUGAAAUGUACGACCGUCUGGAUCCCCGCUCGGCAGCGAGAGGAAGGCUUUUAGUGUGUUUAAUACGAGGAAGCGUCGUCUGAGAGGGAGAGAGGGGGAAGGAUUGACGCCUUUUCCUCCUCUCCUCCUCCUUCCUUUCGCCCCCUCUCCUGCUCCUUUUUUUGGCGGAUUGUGGGGUUGAGGCAGGAGUAACGCGUCUCAUUUUUUGUUUAUUUUAUUCUUUUUUAGUACGUCUGAGUUCUGCUGCGCAACCAGAGCGGAUCACGUGGCACCGGAGAGUUGGAUCGAUUUUGCACAGUUCUGUGUGAGCGAAAAAAGAGAGAAACCCUCAACUGUUAUUUCUUUACUACUUUUUGAUAACUGGGACUGUUGGUACUUUUGUGACUGCAGCAGCAGGAGGUGCAGGAGCGGGUCCAUUUCUCAGCCUUGGAGGUGUGGAGUAUUGAUUCUUAUAUGCCUGGGCUUUGAAAAACAAUGGAGACGCACAUUUCGUGCCUCUUCCCGGAAAUUUUAGCUAUGAUUUUCAGUUAUCUGGACGUGAGGGACAAAGGCAGGGUUGCCCAAGUAUGUAUCGCUUGGAGGGAUGCAUCCUACCACAAGUCCGUGUGGAGGGGGGUUGAAGCCAAGCUGCACCUCCGCAGGGCUAAUCCAUCCUUGUUCCCCAGCCUUCAGGCCAGGGGCAUCCGGAGGGUCCAGAUCCUGUCUCUGCGCCGCAGCCUCAGCUAUGUCAUCCAAGGAAUGCCUAACAUCGAGUCCCUGAAUCUGUCCGGCUGCUACAACCUCACAGAUAACGGACUGGGCCAUGCAUUUGUGCAGGAGAUCCCAUCGCUGAGGGUUUUGAACCUGAGUCUUUGCAAGCAGAUCACAGACUCCAGCUUGGGUCGGAUUGCCCAGUAUCUGAAAAACCUGGAGGUGCUGGAGCUUGGUGGCUGCAGCAACAUCACCAACACUGGGCUUCUGCUGACAGCCUGGGGCCUCCACAGGCUUAAGAGCCUCAAUCUGAGGUCCUGCAGGCAUGUCUCAGAUGUGGGGAUUGGACAUUUGGCGGGUAUGACCCGUAGCGCAGCAGAGGGCUGCCUGAACCUGGAGUACCUGACUCUCCAAGACUGUCAGAAACUGACAGACCUGUCACUUAAACACAUUUCCAAAGGACUGGCCAAGCUGCGGGUGCUGAACCUGAGCUUCUGUGGGGGGAUCUCAGACGCUGGGAUGAUCCACCUCUCCCACAUGACCUCCCUGUGGAACCUCAACCUUCGCUCCUGUGACAACAUCAGUGACACGGGGACUAUGCACCUUGCCAUGGGCACCCUCAGGCUCUCUGGGCUUGAUGUUUCCUUCUGUGACAAGAUCGGGGACCAGACCCUGGCUUACAUAGCCCAGGGGCUGUACCAGCUCAAAUCCCUGUCCCUGUGCUCAUGUCACAUCUCCGACGAUGGAAUCAACCGGAUGGUGAGGCAAAUGCACGAGCUGAGAACCCUGAACAUUGGCCAGUGUGUGCGCAUCACAGACAAAGGGCUGGAGCUCAUAGCGGACCACCUGACCCAGCUGGUGGGCAUCGACCUGUAUGGAUGUACCAAGAUCACCAAGAGGGGACUGGAGAGGAUCACACAGCUCCCCUGCCUUAAAGUGUUGAACCUGGGACUCUGGCAGAUGACAGAGAGUGAGAAAGUGAGGUGAUUGGAAGUGUGUGUUUUAUGGUUGUGUGUGUGUUUUUGACUUUUUUUGUGAGAGAGGUAACACAAGCAGAGGGGUCUGGGUAGAACAGCGUUUGAGUUUUUUAUCCUCCUGUGUUACGUGACCUUUCAUGUGACUAGGAUUUUACUUUUCUGUUUGCCUUGCAGGAUUGAAGUUUAUAUCAGUGAUAUACUAAAACGGCCUGCAUCGUGAAAAGCAAUUAAAACCGUUUUUGUUUCAGGCUCACAAGGAUUUCUGUUAACAAAUGUUUUGGUUUCAUCUCAAGUUGUAUUAUCUGGUGAAAUCUGACUGGACUGAAGUAACCUAUGAAGCAAAGCGGUUAAUUUUUCAGUUAUCAUUUAUGCUAAUAGAACACUUUUCAUAUCUUGACGUUUCCACAAACGUCUAAAAAGAAAAUGUCAGACUUGCAUCCAACUAAAAAUUGUAUGCUCUGAGUGACUUAUUUUUUGGUAUGAGUCUGAAUUUGACGACUAAUCUCCGCUACAGCCAUCACGCCUAACUAAAAACAAAAACAUUUGGCUACCUCGUAUGUGCUUAUUUUCAAAAGGGUGAACUCUUAAAAAGAAGGAAAGCUGGGAGUGAGAGACUGGUAGAAAAUGUGCCUAAAGGGACUGUGUCUGCCCCCUCCCCCAUCCAUCCCUCCCUCCAUCCCUUCCCUCCCUCUCCUUCCACGAGCAGAGCCAGAGAAAGGAGACCAGUAUAACUACCUUUGUUAAUUUACCCCACAAACAGCCAGGAUUAUUCAAAACGAGCACUAACAUCCAGACAGAUUAUAAGAUGUCGCUUUAUGCAAAAUCAAAGAAACCUUCUAUUGCUCUAGGGGUUUUCUGUUUGUUUCCUUCAUUCCUUAAGGGAUAAAGUCCAACUUUAAUGCUCUUUUUACCCGUUUAUGAUCCUCCACCCCUGGCAGGACUACCUAGAACAGUGUAAUAGAAAACCAACGACAGAGCACAUGAAAAGGUUUGAUCACUUUGUUAUUUAACACAAUGUAGGUCCUUACAGGAUCAUGGGCUGUGGGUAUUUUUGUAAAGGAUGCUGAUGGAGAUAAAUGUCAGUGAAUAUUCUUGAGAGUACUUCAAAUUGAAGUGAUUUCUAUCUCUUACCCUUUAUUGAUGGAAGCAAAUCAGGGUUUGUCUCACGGUUUCUCUUUUCCCACAUUAAAAACCAACACAUUCAAACUCAUGUUGCUCUCACCAGUGCAGAGUGAGGAGGCAGGGGUAUCUCUUUUAUUUUAUUACCCCUCUCUUCAUCCUUUAACCCCUUCAUCUUCUUGCUGGAUUAAAAAAAUACCCCCUAAUCCAUUUUCAGACAUGCUUGGAAUAAGAAGCAAUUGAUUAUUUUCCUUUUCUCUCUGCUGACUCUUGGGUUACGACGAGCAGAAUGCGCCUCUUUGUUGCUGUUUUUGUUUUUCUCUGUCCUCCCAUCACACACAAACACACAGAUUUAGGCUGUACACACAUGCACACGCGCACACUGACGCCAGUGUGCGCACGUUUUUUGAUGAAAUGCAAUGACCUGCUAGAAAAUGAAUAUACAGAUGUGCGUCCUGCUGAAAAAGCUGUGUGUUUGACAAUAAGAUGUACUGUAUAUGAUGUGUUUGUAAUGGAAAAAAAAAGCAGAAUCCCAAAUUAAAUUGUUUUAUAUUCUUACGGUUAAAGCAAUUAAAGAUAUUUAUAUAAUGAACAAAA